GGUUGCUAUGGAAACAGGACGCUUGCAACCUGUGGAGACAGGUUGAUCCAGAAAUUGAUAACUUAGAUCUCAACAAAGCGCGGUGUUGCUUUCUUCCAUAUCCGCACGCUCGCUUCAGAGGAAAAUUUUUUUUACACUUAUGGAAAAUUCUACCCCUCUGAAACAAGAAAAGGAAAAUCAAGAGCCAGAGGGAGCAGAGAGAUCAUGGCAAGGAGAAUCCGAAGUUUCUCCCCAGGAUCCUGCUCUCGCAUCACCUGAGUACCGGAAAGAGGAGCAAAGGUCAGACAAUGAACCCUCACCCAGAAUGAGCCCCUCUUGGGGCAGCCAGCCUAGAGCCAGUCUGUCUCUGGGACACCUCCCCGCUGGACUAAGAGUGUCAUCCUCCCCUCCCCCACCUCCUCUGGAGUUUCAUUCCACGCCUCUCAAAACUACAACUACUCAGGAUCCUGUGACUGCAUCCCACGCUGAGAGGGCCCCUAGUGGGAUUACUGACACCGGGACGCCUUAUUCUGAUCCUUGGGACCCAUCUUCUGCUGCAAGAAAAUCAGUUUCUCACUACACAAGCCACACAGAGGAAAGUGCCUUCCCGCUGUCUCAGCCACCCCGCCCUGACCUGUGUGGGCUAACGGAUGCCGCCUGGAACAAGCCCAAGCACAAAGGGCUGAGAUUUGACCUUUUUCAAGAGGAAGACUCAAACAGUAACUGGGAUCCAGACCAGCCCGAGGUUGGCGCCAGUGAAGCAGCCCCUAGUAUGCUUGAGGUGGCCGUCCAGAAUGCAAAAGCCUACCUGCUGAGUACCAGCAGCAAGUCUGGCUUAAACCUAUACGAUCAUCUUUCUAAAGUGCUGACCAAGAUACUAGAUGAGCGUCCUGCAGAUGCUGUUGACAUCAUUGAGAAUAUAAGCCAGGAUGUGAAAAUGUCACAUUUUGAUAAAAAAUUAGACACCCUCCACAAUGAAAAUGAGAUGCUUCCAGCGUAUGAGCUAGCAGAGACACAGAAGGCCCUUUUCCUCCAGGGACAUUUGGAAGGAGCUGAUUCAGAACUGGAGGAGGAAAUUGCAGAAAGCUCUCUGCCCAAUGUGAUGGAAUCGGCUUAUUAUUUCGAGCAAGCUGGAGUCGGUUUGGGAACAGAUGAGACUUAUCGAAUAUUUCUUGCCCUCAAGCAACUUACUGACACACACCCAAUCCAAAGAUGCCGCUUCUGGGGCAAGAUCUUGGGGCUGGAAAUGAACUACAUUGUUGCCGAGGUGGAAUUUCGUGACGGCGAAGACGAAGAGGAGGUGGAAGAGGAAGGGAUAGCUGAAGAGAGGGACAAUGGAGGAAGUGAAGCCGGUGACAGCGAGGAAGAUGAAUUACCGAAGUCCUUGUACAAGGCCCCACAGGCUAUACCUAAGGAAGAGAGUAGAACCGGUGCCAACAAGUAUGUCUAUUUCGUUUGCAGCGAGCCUGGGAGGCCGUGGGUAAGGUUGCCAUCAGUUACACCAGCGCAAAUUGUCACUGCAAGAAAAAUCAAGAAGUUUUUCACGGGGCGACUAGACGCAGCCAUCAUAAGCUACCCACCCUUCCCAGGGAAUGAGAGCAAUUACUUAAGAGCACAAAUUGCCCGCAUUUCGGCAGGGACGCACGUCAGCCCUCUGGGAUUCUAUCAGUUUGGUGAAGAGGAAGGAGAGGAAGAGGAGGUGGAAGGUGGUCGGGACAGCUAUGAGGAAAACUCUGACUUUGAAGGCAUCCAAGUGAUUGACCUGGUGGAGUCUCUCUCCAACUGGGUUCAUCACGCGCAGUACAUUCUUCCUCAGGGUCGCUGUAAUUGGUUCAACCCUACACAAAAAGAUGAAGAGGAAGAGGAAGAAGAUGAAGAAAAAGGGGAAGAGCCUGACUACGUAGAGCAGGAAGUGGGGCCUCCUCUUUUGACACCAAUCUCUGAAGACCUAGAGAUUCAGAAUAUACCCUCUUGGACGACACGGCUGUCCUCAAAUCUCGUUCCACAGUACGCCAUCGCUGUCCUUCGAUCCAAUCUUUGGCUGGGAGCAUAUGCCUUUUCCAACGGCAAGAAAUUUGAAAACUUGUACAUAGGCUGGGGUCAUAAGUACAGUGUGGAGAAUUACACACCUCCAGGCCCACCACCAGUUUAUCAAGAAUAUCCCAGUGGACCAGAAAUUGCAGAAAUGGAUGAUCCCAGUGUGGAGGAGGAACAGGCUUUCAGAAUUACACAAGAGGCAGCUGCACUUUCAGCCGAGGAGAAUGAAGAAACUGAAGACGAGGACAAUGACGACUGAUACAAAACUAGCCCAACCUUUUAUGGUACCAACACACGCAAAUGUUUUAUGGGGGACUGUUCU